CUAUCAACGUUUAAGAUUACAACAGUCCCUAACAAGUUUCGCCCUCCUUGGAUUCAGACGCUAGACUGAGAAUUCUAUCCCCGUAGUUUGUCUGCCUUGCGCGUGUUAACACGAGAGUAUUGGGCGGGAUUUCCGAUAAAUGACAAGUGUCGAUCCGGUAGGUCCAGAGAUAAAGUUGCCCCGUGCAGCCCCGUGCGCCCGUCGCAACCCAUGCGGUCCUGCAAGCGAGUACAACCGCUAGGUGGCCUUUCAACCCACUAUGUGACCACGAAACUAUAUCGCUGCCACGCUCCACCAAUACCAUUCAGGAAACACUUUUCUACAUAAAGGAACAUGAUAACAAUCAAAACCUUUACAUAUAAAAAAUUAUUAACGGGAAAGAAGAACUCUUAGUGUAGUGUAUGGUAAGGUAAACCCGUUACCGCACGAACGGGGCGCUACACAUACACGGCCGCCCGCCGGGGUUUGUUUGCCCGCCGUUGUUGACACCCGCGCACGUACGGGGUUCUAAAGGUCGUCCCCGAAGCGCUAAGCCUUUUGUUAGCGAGUAAACGGCUGCCCGCAAAUAAGAACUGCCCGCAAGCCAUGUUGUUCCUCUCUCUCUCUCUACAGCCGAGGUACUACCGGUGAGAUCGUCGUGAGAUCUGCCUGUCUUUUCUACAGCUUUCGAUGGUCAUCUGUUGCCGCAGCUUGCAUUGCAUUCACCCGAUCUUCACCAAUACACACCACGUGCAGAGUCCACUUGAAGGUUCCCAAGCUCUAGGUGAGAAGAAUUGAGUAGUAAAGACAGUGUAACACCCCCGCACCCACCGGACACAUAUGGCCGUGUGCUUGUUACAGCCUCUUGGUUACUCUACCCAGCAUGAGAAUAUGGCUACCGGUAGUGCGGUGAAGGCGGGGUCGGGCACCAAGGACGACCUCACCCGUAGGCGUUUCUCGGACGCCCCGAUGCACGAUGUCACCGAGUCCGAGGAAGAAGAGGAAGAAAUCGAGGACGAUGAGAUCGACAACGUCUCGAACUACACCGGGGAGGACGUCGAGUCUCCUCGGAGUGAAGUCCUCGCGGAGCCCGCCCACGACAUGACCAAACAGCUGCUCGACUUCGCGGAAUCCGUCAACAACGACAUCCAGAAAUAUUUCGGCAGGAAAAAGAACGAUCCGGACUCGUGCGACAUUUACGAGGAUCGCUUCACUUCGGGAAAGUCCGGUCGGGAACUCUACUACGCCGAUCUGUUACGAAUCGCUCAGAACGGCGACUCGGCAGACACCGGACACUCGACGAAGAACUCACAGCAGUCGCGCAAAGACGGCAGCGACGGUCUCUACAAAAAGGGCGGCACGCUCGGCCCCUUGCAAGACCUCUUCGAAUUCGGUCUCAAGAAACACAUCGUAGAAAACAAACUCAUCAAAUCCAGCAAGAAGCUGAAGCGUCUCAAGCUAGAUACGCGUCUUGAAGACAUCGUGCCAAUGCAGAAGAGAAAGUUGCCGGAUUCUUUCUUCAAGGAGCCAUAUGCGAGAGUUUCGGAUGGGCGUGUGACCCUUGUCAACUCGAGCACACCAGACUUUAGUGAUCUGUUAGCCACUUGGACCGAGGUUGGUGGAAGUGAGGUAAGCGGGGAGGGGGAGGCCUCGUCCCCGGAAGAUGUGAGCAUGGACACCGAGAACUCUCCCAUCGAACGCCUAGCAUAACGGUAGUGAUUGUCAUAGUUUUAACUUUUGGUCAUCGUCUCAGAAUAGUUAUGUGUUACUACGUACAGACUUAGGCAAGCGUAAAGGAUAAUAAAUAUACAAAUGCUUGAAACUUUUUUUUUACUAUUUCAAACUGGUAGUUAUACUUGGUCAACGUUUCAGAGUGUGGAAUUCAUACGUUUAUGAAUGGAAUCUGCAUAUAGGUAUUUUCUAUGUUGUCAGAUCAAUGACAGUUCCUAGCAGAUGCAAUUAAAUGUUGCGGACAGCCCCCAAUUAAUGUUGAUGAUAAAAAAAGUUGUCUGCUCUAUAGCAAAUCCUGGGCGCCUUCUAUUGAUCAUAAUGCUGUAAUUAUUUCAUACACAUAUUGUUCAGUAUAUAAAAUAUACACAGAAGACAAGUAACUUAUCAUGAACUCCACGUAACUGUAAAACUCAGGUUGUGUUUUGAGUAGUUUGCCAUUCCUAAAAUUCACAACAUUCUUACUGUAGCUAUGCCUUUCAAACAUGAUGUUCAUAUUCAAUUAUGGCACAGAGAUUCAGAUAUCAUUUCAACAUUUAGCUGUUUAUUAAGCGUAACAUUCUGUUACUUUUACUACUUGUAAUCUGAAAUGCCAAAGCAUUUUGCGUGCUCAGUUGUAACUGUUUUGUGGUCAAACAAUCUUAAGUAUAAAACAAAUGAAAUUGUGUCAACGGACAGUAAUGUGUCUGCUCAAAAUGUACUGUUAAGGUGAAUCGUAGGUGAGUUGCAAUGUCAGAAAGACAUAUGUUAUCGUGUGCAAUUUUCAUCCGGCCUUCCAUGUCUUAACCAUAGCUCGUUGUGUAGCAUAUAUAGUGGUGCGGUUUGUGUCUUUUGGUUUCUUCAAUGCUUACAAACUGAAGUUUAGUCUUUUUUUGUUCUUCUUCCUCGUUUGAUGUUUAUUUCAUUGUGAAAAAAAGUUGCUUAAGACAUUUUGUACGGGCAUUGUUUUGAAGCAAAGUAAAGAUGAAAAUAAAUUACGUUGAGGCUUA